GGGUUAUAAGGACACUCAGCAUGUAAAUAAUAGUUUUAAGAGGGUGGAGACUAUUUCAACGACACAGCCGACGUGUUUAAUUCACUGCAAUGCUCCCAAAUUUCACUUCGCGCGCGAGCUGGCUCCCUCCCCAAAUUUCAAUUCCCUCCUCCCAAAUUUCACUUCCCUCUUCCCCCAAAUUUUCGACUUCCCUCUUUAAUUGAAACCCACUAGAAGAGAAAAGAUGUUGUUUCACUUCCCUCCUCAUGCUCUCAGAUUUCUUCGUCUCCCAAAACCUCUCAGACCCCAGCACCACCGCGAUGACCUCGACCGAGACGGAGGAUGCCGUACGACGUCGCACCGCUAUCAACGAUUACCUGAAGAGGUUACUCCAGCACAAGGAGCUCCAAGUCCGCGCAGUGCGAGAAAACUUGCAAGGAGCUAAGAACGAUUUUGGGAAAACUGAAGAUGAUUUGAAGUCGCUUCAAAGUGUUGGUCAGAUUAUAGGGGAAGUUCUGAGACCUCUCGAUUAUGAACGCUAUAGUGCAUCUGGAAAUGGCACACAUCCACGCUUCACUUUAAAAAGUCCUAUCUUUCUGAAGGCAGGGAAGAAUGAAAUUGCUCUGCUCAGCAUGACAGUUGGUCUGCAGUCCUAUCAGACUUUGUUUCGUGAGGGAGAGUGCUUUUUGCACAUUGUCUCUUUACUAAAUGGUAACCUUGAUGAUGCUAAAGGAGAGACUUUGGUUCUGGGUGUCCUUCAAACUCUUACCUGUUUGCUUGCAAGCAAUGACACAUCAAAGCCUGAAUUAUCUGCUCUCGUAGAAGCCCUUGAACAGUGUGCUUGCAAUCCUGAAUUAUUUUGUAGAGGUUGCUGCAGGGUGACUCACUAUAGCAUUUGCAGAGAGAACAGAAGUUUCUGGUGAUUGUGAGUAAUAUCUUGGACUGGAGCAUGCUAGUGUAGUUUCUGGUGAAAGUUUCUAUCUGAACUCUUCACUUUCAAGAAAUCAAAUACACUGUAAACAAUUAGAAUGCUAGUAUAGUCUCCCAAAUACUCAAUAUCUUGAAUUAUUCUCAUUUGUAAUUGAGUAUAGCUGGAAGAUUUGAGAUUGUAUUGAACUGAAUAUUACUAGUUUGCAGAUCGGUUUGGUUGGCCAAGUC